CAGAGGGCGAGUGGGCGGAAGGGCCCGGCCUGCUGGAGAAGCGGAAACAGGGCUCAGCGGCGGGACGCGCGACCCCUCAGUGCGGGCGCUGCGGGCUGGCUAAGCCCACCCAGGAGGCGGCGGCGCUGCGGAGAGGAGCCGCACGCCCCCUUCGGCCGGGCCCGGCCCGGCGAGGAAACAUGGCCCAGGCCGGCGGGAGGACGCGGCCCGUGAGCGAGCUGUGGGGGGUGCUGCUGCCGGCGAAGGGCAGGGAGGCGGAAGUAGAGGAGGAGCAGGACGACUCGGACCCGGACCCUGACUCGCCUUUUUUGGACGCCUCCGAGCUGUGCAGCAGCGGGCGGGUGCUACGGGGUUCCCUGCCCGCGCGCCGAAAGGUUAUAAUACAGGAUGAAAGAUCCCAAAAGACGUAUGAAGUGGUUGGAUGUUUUCCAUUGGUUGGCCCUUGGUGGAAAGUUAAUGUUAAAGUUAAAUUGGUGGAAUCGAAGUACUUUGUGCAAGGAUAUCCAUCAUACUUCCUACGAACCGAUAUAAGGGAAAACCAAAAUGCAGUUUUUUCACUCUUUUUUAAAGAGUGUUGUGUUCCUGACAAUUUCAUAGAGGAGUUUUUUAAGUGUUUUCCUGAGAGAUCUGACCUGAACUUCAGAAACCUUGAAGAAAAACUUAAUCAGUUUCAAGAGUCAAAAUUAAAUCUUCAGCAAGGGAACAAAUUCAUUGAGACGAAAAAUUUUGAUAUUUUUUUUUAUAUUAUGCAAUCAUUUACAGGAAAGACUGUUUUGGUAGCUUUGAGUUUCCCAGUGAUAAUGGAGUUCCUGCCAAGACUUCUACCACGUCAUUUUUGCCGUAUUAUAAAGGCGGUGAGCUGGCAUAAAGUGACCAAACAGAACAACAAAAGUGAUGAAAAAGUUUCUCCUGAAGAUGAGAUAUUACCAAAAUUAGAUGAGAUGUUAAAAAAAGAGCCAUGGAAACUUGGAUUCCGCAGGAUAACCUACAGAGAACUGAAUCUCUCCACUUGUGAGGCAACUUGGGCAGCCUUCUGUCAGUGUGAGCAUCUCCUCUGGAAGAUUCCUGAAUUGCAGAAGAAUGCAUUAAUAAUAUACAAUAAGCUCAAGCAGAGAUGUAGAGAAACGGGGCAUACCUAUGAAGAACAAGACAUUUUGACCUCUUUAGUUUCUAAAGAUAUGCCUAUUGAACAUGCCUGGCAAUCCUUGAAAUUUAUGAAAGAUGAGAAGAUAAUGAUUGGUGAGAAGAAACUGGUAUUUCUUUCUCAUCUUUACAAAUCUGAAAAAGACAUUGCACUUUCUGUAAAUCAUCUAAUGAAAAAUGACCCAUGGCAGUUCCAUGCUGAUGUGAGAGAAGUACUUAAUGUUAGAGAUACCACCAAAUCAAAAGCAAAUGGAGAUAUUAAAAUAAAUAAUAACCAGCCUCCUGAAACAGAGCAAGUGGAGGGCAGUAAUGCCCCAGAUAUACAGAACAGUGACAGUGAUUUUCUUUAUAACGAACAGGUACCAGACGUAGAAACUACAAGUGAAGCAGAAGUGGACCCAGAUCAAAUUAAAGCCUUGAAAAUGAUUUGUUCUAAUCCAGUGACAAUCAUAAGUGGAAAAGGGGGUUGUGGGAAGACUACUGUAGUUAGCUGCCUUUUUCAGUAUUUAAAGCAGGUGGAAAAAGAAGUGCUGAGUGCGUGUAAUGAUUUUGAAAAGGACCUGGAAGCAUCUGCUGAAUGGAAUACCUUUAAUCAUUUUUAUCAGGAGAACGUUUGCACAAAAAACCUUUUAAAUGUUUUACUUACUGCACCUACAGGAAGAGCAGCUAGCCUGCUGAAUGAGAAAACGGAGCUUCCCGCUUACACUCUCCAUCAGGUCAUGUACAGUUUUUAUUCAUGGAGGUUAAGAGACGGACAAAUGCCAUGGAAGUUUUCUACUGUGACAGUUCUGGUUGUGGAUGAAGGGAGCUUAGUACCUGUGCAAAUGCUUAGUUCAGUUUUAAAAUUGCUGUGUGACCACGCUCAACUUGCCAAGCUUAUUAUACUUGGUGAUAUCAGACAGUUACCCAGCAUUGACCCUGGCAACAUGCUCGCUGAUAUUUUUGAGGGUCUAAAAUCUAGAGGCUGGUCUGUGGAACUGAGAACUAAUCACAGAGCUGAGUCUCAGCUAAUUGUAGACAAUGCCACAAGAAUCUCUCAGCGAAAAUUCCCAGAGUUUGACUCAGUGCUCAAAGUCUGUGAUUGGAGUGAAAAGUUAACAAUGCCAAGUCCCGAGAAGAAAUUUAUUUAUGUUGUUUUGCCUUCUGGACAUGGUGCUCACUAUUUGCCAACUGCCAUAAAAACUUUACUUGAAGAAGGACCUGGACUGCAAGAUGCCAAACAAUCACAGUUCAUCGCUUUCAGAAGGCAAGAUUGUGAUCUAAUAAAUGAACUCUGUUGUCAGCACUAUUCAAAACAUUUAACCAGAAACCAUAAAAAUCGACUGGUGUUCCAAUGUGAUGACAAAAUUUGUUCCACAAGGAAUGCCUAUCUCAAGGACCUUCUUCCAAAAAAUAACACAGCUUGCACAAGGGAAAGUGACUCUCAGAAUCCUAAUCAAUGUGAAUGCAGCGGGUGUUGUAGAAGAAAAGCCUUCCUGAGUGGACAAAAGCCACCUAGUGAUCUUGGGGGCAGUGCUGAGGAUGACAGACGAUUGUGCAAUGGAGAAAUAUUUUUCAUAACAGAUGAUGUAGAAGUCAAUAGGUGUCGUUUAUUGACCAUCAGCAGCACAUAUGGCUCCAGAUUCACUGUGGUGUAUGAGGCACUGAGGAGAGAGUGUCAAAUAAGGCAUGCAUGGGCCAGAACUAUUCACACAUUUCAGGGUUCAGAGGAAAAAACAAUUGUCUAUGUAGUUGGGAAUGCAGGCCCACAGCACUGGCAGCAUGUAUACACAGCUGUAACUCGAGGAUGCUGCCGGGUUUAUAUUGUGGCUGAAGAGACUCAACUCAGGAAAGCAGUUACUACGAAGAGCUUUCCCAGAAAAACUCGCUUACAACAACGUUUAAAAGAGACCUUUUCAGAAAUGAGUAACUCUCCAGAACAAAUGUCAUCUCACCUAAAGGGUUGUUGGCAAAGUCAAGGACAUGAUACUCAACCUGGUCCUGUUUCAGUAACUGAGGAUAUUCCCCUCUCUUCUGUACCUGUUGAAGAUGACUUCAUUAAAGCAAAAGAGUCUGCAGUUCUUAAUGACAUACAAACUAAUAAUGGACAGUGGAGUACUGCUGAACUGGCCAGUGCAGGUAGUGAGACUCCUGUUAAAUCAAAUGGAUGUAAAAGACCAGGCAGUUUUACAGAUAGUUGUGAAAGUCCUUCAAAAGUUACUAUGGUAAAUAAUGAAGACUCACCUCUUGGGUCAACCCGCCUUCAGAAUCUGACUUUGAGGAGCCCAACUCCCAAGCAGCUUUUUGGACCUUAACAAUCAAGUACAUUAAUUAAUAUGACACUUAAAUAUGUUACACAACUCCAAAUAAGGUCUUGGAACAGAGAAAUAAAGUGUGCGGUCUUAAUUUUUUAAAUAUGUUGCAAGUUUUUUUAGGAGCAUCAUUUUUAAUAUGGAGUUUUUAUAUUCAGAAUUUUGCUUGUAUUUAGCAGAAGAUAUGGCCAACUUUUUCUUGAAGGCUAAGAUGUCUGUAUAUUAGCUUUUAUUUGUUCAGCUACAUUAAACUUUGAAU